GAAGUUAAGAGGAAGGAGCAGAUAGUUACAGUGCUCCACUGCUUUCAGUUUUCAACCAAUAAAGACUUUCGGUCACAUGAUGGGAAGCCUGAGCAGACACCAGUUGUAGGUGCUGCCCUUGCUCAAGGGGACUAACUUUUUUUUUUUUUUUUUUAAGCCAUUUAAAAGCUAAAGGGACAGUAGGAGCAGAUAUGUUGAGGUUACAGACCAAGUUCGACCUCCACAGGGAUGUGGUGUCUGAUAUUCUCAGGAAGGAGGCGUCGGUCUGCAGAAUGGCAGAAUACUCUGGAGCGGUCGACAUUCGUAUUCUGAAUUUUGAGAGAGAUGGAGGCAUCCUUUACUCUUGGAAGGGAGCAACAGGUACCACCAGGAUUGGGAAGUAUGACUCCAACACCAAACAGAACAAGCUCCUGUACACAUUUGACAAGCAGGUGUGUGUCAGCAGCUGUUCCCUGAACAAAGAGGAGACACUGCUGGCUGUCAGCUUGGCACAGAAUACCAGAGGAGAGGAACGCCUCAAACCAAUAUCAAAGUGUCUGACUCUCCUGAUUGAGAUCCACCCCAUCAACAACACUAAAGUCCUCAAGGCAGUGGACUUCAGAGUCAAAGUGCAGUUCCUCCAUCAACAAACUGACAGGAGAUCAGUGCUGGAGAGCCAUCUGCUGCUGCUGACUGAAGAUAGAUAUGUGGAUCUCUACCACGUGAUACUGACAAGGCAGGAGGGAUAUAGAGUGGUGAUAGUGAAUCCUGAGCGUUUGUCCAAAACAGCAGAGCGAAUCGUGGAGGAUUUCUCCUGGGUCCAGUGGGACAGGCACACACAAAGACUCUACUAUCUCACAUUUAAGGAAACGUUUCUGCUCCGAAGCGUUCAGUUUUACCCAAGCCAUAACUGUGAAACUGUGUUCGAGCUCCCUUUAGAGCUGCCCGUCAAUUCCUUCCGUACAGUCAAGUUUGAAAAUCUGGGUUUCGACCAUCAUCACACUGAAAGACCAGAGCAUGUUAGGGUGCAUGUGUUCACAAAUAAAAUAGGAAGCAUGUGCGUGUGCUAUAGCCAGCCUCUUCAAGAUAAACACGAACUGCUCUACACUGUGGUUUUAGUUCACAAAGACUGCAGCAAGAAGUUCAGGGUGUCUCUGGGCAGUGAUGCAUCGCCACAGAAAGCCACACAGCUCCAUCCGCUCUUCAUUCCCAUAGGUUACUACAUCCUGGUAUACCUGCAGGGUUAUUUCCUCCACUGUAUCAACACCAGGCAGCAGGAGAUGCUCUGUCACUCCCUCUUCCUCUCUGGUUGUGACGUGAACCUGGGCCUGCAGUGUCAUGCAGCUAACAUCACAGUUUUGCAUGCAGAAGAAGAGUCCAACUGUUGUCUGCUGGACCUGGCCACCGGCAGGAUUCACACUGCCGAUCUCAGCCCCGCCUACCUGCUGCAGAUCCUGCGUUCAGACACAAAAUCUAGGUGUCCCAGCAGUAAGACUGACCCUCAGCGCCUGGCUGCUCUCCACUGCCUGCUGGUUUACAUGGGAACGGACCCAAACCUGGAGCUGAAGAUUACUGAAUGGCUGUGUGACAACGUGAACACCUUUGAAUCCUUUGAUCAGAUCCAGGAGUUUAUUUUAGCCUCGCUGUACAGAAUAAGCUAUGAGAAGGCUCUCAGCUUGGAUAAAAUCCUGCCUUACUCCUCUGUAUUCGACAAGAAGGAGUUGCCAGAAUGUUUGCUGAAGGUUCCUGGUGUCCUUUGUACCACAGAGAUUCAUGCUGAAUCUACUGUCAAAUGGAAGGCCAGGAGUCUCCAGGGCUUCUGGUCAGAGCUGCAGUGGAACACAGAAAGGACAAAAUAUCUUGAUGCUGAUCCCAACCCCCGAUACAGAACCUCACACAUACAGGCCGACUGGGACAAAGUGAGGUCCGAGAGGAGACCCUCCAGCCAGAUGAAUCACAUAGAGGAGAACACAAAGAAAGUUCUAUCAAUGGUGGACACCUGGAGUCUUGAUAAGAAGCUGGUGCCACUUUUCCAGGAGGAGGAUCAUCAACAGAGGGCACUCAUAGGCCUGACAGUUGACAAGCUGCGAGAGCACCUCAGCAGACACCUGCCUCGACUGGGGAAGAAAAAGAUUGACUCGCUGGUUGUCAACUAUGUAGCCAAACUGCUGGAGCUCAUCAGACACAUGCUGGAGUCAGUCUGGCUGAAGUACAAACUUGGCCCUCGUGUGUUGUGCUUGACGCAGCAGGGCAGUCCGGCUGAGUGGUCCGUGUUUCACUUCAUGUUUCGGAUCCUGGAAUCCACCCGGGGUCUCUGCCUGCCCCUCCCACCUGGCUAUCACACCUUAUUUGCAGUGUUUGCCGUGCGAUGCCUCCCUCAUCACACCUUUCUGCAGUACAUUGACCAAGGUUUCCUGCAGCUCACCGAGACCUUUGUGUCUCGCCUCAUGACAGAUUUGGACAACAGUGAUGCCAAUGAGCGGCUGAAAUUCAGCAUCCUUAAGAGACUACCUGAGCCAAUGAAGAAGAGGAUCUACCAUAUGUGGGAUCAUCCUGUCAGCUCUGCUUCAAUCUCCAGAGAUUAUGUCAAGACUCUGCUGGAGAAACACAUCAAAAAUAAGGGACUUGCAUUCACUGGCAGAGACAAGCCUGGCGUCAGACCUGAGUUUGUGCCUCUUACCUAUCUGGCAAAAAUACUCUCUGAUAUAGAGGAGCAAGCUCCGAACCCGUUCGAGGAGCAGGAGAACGUGGACGCCAGGUUUGUGGAGGAGACGGCUCUGAAGCAGACGCUAAUACAGCUGGGCUUCGAGAAAAAAUGAUGAACGCGCAAAGGUGGAGAGGGACGCGGGGUGGAUGGAUUGAGAGAGAAAGAGAUGAGGGGGAAAAUGUGUUUGAGAGACCAGUCAUCAUCGAAGGGGCCUCGAGGACAAGUAACGGAUGGAUGGAUGAUGGAAGGAGGGAGGGCGAGAGAUGAAAAAUGAACAGCAGGAUUGAAAGGCAGAGGCGUAGACAUAAACAAGUUUCCCACUGUGUGAUGAUAAAUUAGGCUGGGAUGGAAGGGUGGAUGGAUGGAGAUGCUCAGAAUAGGAGGCAGAGUCAUCACCCAGUUUUCCCACCUGCUUUUCAGGAAAGAAUUGAGAUGUGUUGGGAUGCGUGAGGAACAGCUGUAGCUUAUUUCUUACACAAGCAAAACAAAGUGUUGGCAGCAGCUGAAAUUAUAAUACAAUAACCAGCACGGGUAGACUUUCAGUUACUGUUUAAUUAAACUUUUUUUUCUUUGCAAAUCAAUAACUGCAGGCAGUUAUUUGCAUCACCUCCUCAAUUUCUUCCCUUUAUUUCAUACAAUUUAUGAACAUUGAUUUCAUAUGCUGUGAAUGGUAAUUAUAAAUCACUUGUUUAACUUGCUGGGCUUCCCGUAAUGAUGCUGCACCCCAUCGACUUGAUUAUAUGCUGACAAAAGCUUUGCAGACACAGUGGCUUGGUAUGGUCAGUCAGGUUGUUGAGCAUUAUAUCUGGUUUUAAAGUGGACCUAUUAUGCUUUUCCUUAUUGUCUAUCAAGUAGACCCCUCUUUGUAACAGCCCCUGGCCCUGCACCUGGCAUUCUCGCUUUCUUCCCUGUGAAGAUCCCAAGAGCUUUUCAGUGCUCCUGGACCAGGAUCAUCUAUUUAACUGUUCUCAGACGCACCCAUCAAGGUAGUCCAUGAAUGUGGGUUUUCUGGUUUCAGGAUUCAUUGUUAUUACACUGUAAUUAUGGUUUUGUCAGGCGAGUAUAUUUUUCUGGUGGUUGUUGUGGACCCGGUGAUUUAUUAAGAUAGCAAGUGAGAUUUGUGGCUAUUUUUGUGGCUAUUUGCUAGCUGCCAAGCUGAGUGCCACUGUCCCACCCUUGACCAGUUGCUUGUGGAUUGACCAUUGGGGAAAGACCCCCAGCGCCCAUUAAAAUCAAAGAUACUGCUUCCAAAUAGCUGCCCAGACGUGUGUCAAGAUGCCUGCAACUCGCAAGCUUUGUUUCUAGAAGGACUUUGGCCCCACCCACCUGCUGUCCAAAUCUUUUGUUUAUAAGGAGCAGCCAAUCAGAAGAAGGCUGCCUGAAAGAAAUGGUAGAGCUAGUGAACUGAGGUGCUCCACCAAGGCCUAUGACACCAGAUGACACCAUAACUACAUAUGUUCACCAUUUGUAACACUGUUACCAAAUCUAAAUAAGAAGAGUAUUCUCACCCCACAAACUUUGUCAUGCACUUAGACCAGAAAGGACAGGCUUCAGAAGAAGCCAGUAGGUGCCUGCGCACACAAACUCAGAUGUCUGCUUUGAAUAACGCACUCUCAGUCAUGAUGGAGCUCUUACAGUAAAUGUUCCUAAUCCUUUUCAGACUGAAUGUUGGCACCCUGCGCACCAUCCGGUACUAAAUUCCACAGAUUAUUUACAUGUUGUGCUUUGAUUGCAAAUCAGUGUUCUGGAAGAAGGGAAUUCUCAAUCACUCAUGUUUACACCAAAAUGUAAAUAAAU